AUUGUCAAUGUCAACUUAUAUUGAAGUUGAGGUUAUUUUAGAAAAAAAAUUAGAUUUAACGUUUAUAUAUAAAAUAUAGAUUAAUGAGUUGCUAAUAUAAUGUUAUCUUUAUAAAUAUUGAUAUUAACAAAGAAUUAAAAUAUGAUGAACUCGAUUCAGAAUUCCGUAAAAUAUUUACGGUUGAUAAACUUGAAGACAGCUCUGAACACGUUGAAAGAAUGCAGACCAGCGCCAACUGUAUCUACGACAAAGUUGGAUUUAAUCUCUAAAGCGAAAACUAUUAACUUCACCCCACAUAGCAUCAUUUUCGAUAUUAAGGAUAAACCUACGCACUCUAGAAAGCAGCAAGAUCCUUUAUCCUACAUACCAAUAGUAAAUCCCCGAUCUAUUCUACCUAUAAUCGACACUAAUUGGAGAAAAGAUGAAAUUGCACUGCCAGCUAUACAUCAAGAAGAGAAGUUAGCAGUUCGUUUAAUUGUUAUUCGGAGGAAAAAGAUGAAGAAGCACCAGAGAAGGAAGCUAUGGAAGAGGAUGAGGCAUCGUUGGGCCAGGGUGAAAAAGAACCGUCGCAUCAAGAAAGAGAAGAUAUUUCAAAAUGAACUGCUGGCUAUGAUAAAGCAAGCGAACGCAUUCUCGGCUGAGCAGUAUUUAGCCAGUAAGUUGGAGAAAGCCAACCACACUCCGUUGCCGACUCGCUGGCGGCACAAACGCCUCCCCGACUUCAUCAUCAGACAGCUUCUGGGGAUUGAUAAGAAAAUUAACUAUAAACACAGUGAUGUGUACAAAGCUUAAUUUUUCUUUAAAUCGAGUUUUAUUAGAAUAUUUGUAAGGAAUUAUGAUGUAGAUGAAUAAAUUUUGUUUUUCAAAUUG